AUGUUCAGAAGCUUAGCUUUAAGAUGCAAAACUAAAAGUAAAGGACAACUAAAAUGGAAAAUCAACGAAAACAAUGUUGAAUAUAAAAAUUUAAAAAUAAAAUGGGAUGACAAAAAUGUUGAUUUACAAAUAUGUGAUUUAUUACCAAGCAAUAGAAGUAAUAUAGAAUUAUUAGAACUUAAAAAUAUGAAUAUAAUAAAAGAUAUUAAAAAAACGAAAUUUGAUUGUGUAAUUUUUGGAAUUGGAUAUGUUGAUUAUGAUAAAAUAUUAAAGUCUUUUAAUAGAGCUGAUUUAGUUCAAAGGAAAACUAUAGAUUCUAUACAUGAUAAUUUAAAAAAAGUUAAUGGACAGUAUAUAUCAAUAAUACAGCAAUGCCUUCUUUUAAAUAUUCCACAUUUUUGUUUAGGAAGAGAUAGACUAACAGAACUUACAAGUAUUGGUGCAGCUAUAUUUAAUAACCCCAAGGAAAUACUUUCUUUGUUAUAUUAUUUUCUUGUGAAUAGUGAAAAAAAUGAUAAAACCAAUAUUCAACCGAAUAAUAACCUUGAAAUUAAAAAAGAUGAAGAUGAAUACAAUUUACAAAAUAAUGCUCCAAAUUUUUUCAAUGCUCUUGUUCAGGAAAAUGCUCUAUAUUUAAUAUACAAUUUUCAUGCAACUUUGCUAAGAAUAUUGCGAUCUAAAUAUUACAUACCCCCAUAUAUGGCACCCUCCAAUAUUAGCUCAAACAACAUCGGAAAUAAAGGACAAAAUGCAGCUCAUUUAAAAAAAAGUAUUUUCUCUUUUUUCAAUGAAACUACAUAUGAUAUAAUAAAUAAUAUGAGAAAUACAAUAAGAAAAUCUGGAUUAUAUUCAGAAUUUGAAAUACCACAAGGGAAAAGGGAUAUUAAUAUUUUAAUAAUUUGUGAUAGCAUAUGUGUAGACUAUUUUUAUAAUUAUAUAAAAAAAAAUUUUAAUCAAUGGUACAAUAUAAGUCCAUUUUACAAUGAAUUAUAUAUAUUAGAAAAAAAAAAUACAUAUAAAUUUGUAUUAUCAUUAUUUUUAUUUAUAAUUGCCCCUGUUGCAUGGACAUUAACUUUUUUAAUAAAAUAUGGUUAUGAAUUAUGGGUAGAAUAUUUUACAAAAGGAAAAGCUAUAACUGUUGGAGGAAAUACAUUUUUUAAAAAUUCAAGAUUAAUUGAUAUCAAUGAAAUUGAUAACAAUCCAGAAAUUAAUGAUAAUUUUAUUAAUUCAAUAAACAAAAAAAAUAUACAAUUUGAAACUGUUAGUGCCUUGGGUGGCUUAUUGCAAUGGUUUAAAAAUAAAAGUCGAGAUUAG